UUCUUGAGGACUCAGAACAGCAGCAGCUGAGACCACCCCGGGAAGAGGAUGACGCCCAGCAGAGCUCUGGUUCUGGGCAUCCUCGCCCUGACCACCAUGCUCAGCCCCUGUGGGGGUGAAGACGACAUUAAGGCUGACCAUGUUGGCACCUUUGGUACAGUUGUCUAUCAGUCUUACGGACCCAGUGGCCAGUUCACAUGUGAAUUUGAUGGUGAUGAGUUGUUCUAUGUGGACUUGGAUAAGAAGGAAACAGUCUGGUGGGUUCCUGAGUUUGGCAAACUGACAAGCUUUGACCCACAAGGCGGACUGCAAAGUAUAGCUGCAGCAAAACAUAACUUGGACGUCCUGACUAAGAUGUCGAAUUCUACCCCAGUUACCAACAAGGUUCCUGAGGUGACUGUGUUCCCCAAAGCCCAUGUGCUUCUGGGUCAGCCCAACACCCUUGUCUGCUUCGUGGACAACAUCUUCCCUCCUGUGGUCAACAUCACGUGGUUGAGAAACAGCAAGUCGGUCACCGAAGGCUUCUAUGAAACCAAUUUCCUCUCCAAGAGUGACCAUUCCUUCCACAAGAUGUCCUACCUCACCUUCAUUCCUUCUGACGAUGAUGUCUAUGACUGCAAGGUGGAGCACUGGGGCCUGGAGGAGCCGACACUGCAACACUGGGAACCCGAGGUUCCAGCCCCCAUGUCAGAGCUGACAGAGACUGUAGUCUGUGCCCUGGGGUUGUCCGUGGGCAUCGUGGGCAUCGUGGUGGGCACCAUCUUCAUCAUUCGAGGCCUGCGAUCAGGUGGCACCUCCAGACACCCAGGGCCCUUAUGAGCCACACCCUGGAGAGGAAGGUGUGUGGUUCUCUCCAGGACAGAAGUGAUGUGCUAGAUGACCUGGAACAGGGCAUUUCCUGGCCCGAUUUAUCUUGUACUUUGUCUCCCCCAACUGUCCUCCAUCUUGCUUUUCUCUUGGACAAGAGGUCCCCCCUCACAGCUCACAUACUCUUGGAAUCCGCCCCUGACCUGAGUUUUAAUUUUUGCCAUCUCUCACAUAACAUAUAGUAUAGAAUCUCAGUGACCCUGAUUCAGUAGCUGCACAAAGCCAAUAAAUCAUUUUUUAUAAGUCAGUUGUUUUUCCAUGUCUUUCAUCUUGGAGUUUACUAGAGCCAUGGCCAUAUAAUCCCAUGCCCAGUGACAGGAACAACCAAAUACAGCCUUGGAAUGUUUGAGUAUCUUAACGUAGGUUGAACGAUCCCUCUCUCUCUCUCUCUCUCUCUCUCUCUCUCUCUCUCUCUCUCUCUCUCUCUUUUGUUCCAAGCCCUGACCACUAGCACCUAUCUCCAGUCAGGGUGUGAAAUCUGCCUUGUUGUAUACUUUUACUUUAAGGAAAUGUCAAGACAUAGGACACACACCAGUAAUUCCAGCACCCCAGAGGUAGCAGAGAAGAGCAGAAGAGUCCUCACAAGUAUAAGGCCAAUAUUGUCUACACAAGGCAUACCCUGUCUAAAUGUGUGGUGUGUGUGUGUGUAUAUAUACUAUACUCACUUUAGCAUAACCUUUUAAUUAAAAGAACUUUGAAUUUCAAAGUGAGAAAAAAUUUUAAAUGUUUUCAAAAAUCAAAAUUGUUCCCAAAUUUUUUUUUGAAUCCUCCAGGAGAGACACCUCUUGGUGUGUCUGUGAGGGAAUUUCCAGAUACAUUCAGGUGAGGUGGCAAGAGCCAUCCUGAAUAUAGGCAGCAGCAUCCUGUGGGCUGGGACAAAGGAGAAAGUAAACCAGCCUUCUUCUCUCUCUGCUUCCUAACAGUGAAUGCAAUGUGACGACCACCUCAUGUUCUCUCUGCCUCCCCGAACUGUGAACCAAAGUAAACCCUCCCUCCCUUCCUCCAUCUCACUCUCUUGCUGCACUUGUUUAACUCUGUAAAGCUGAGACUCUUUGUCUGUCUAAAACACCUGAUGGUCUAAAAAAGAGCUGAAUGGCCAAUAGCAAGGCAGAAAAAAGGAUAGGUGAGGUUGGCAGAGAGUAUAAAUAGAAGACAAAAUCUGUGAGGAAAAGAAGAAGUAGCCAGAGAAGGAGGAGACAAAAGUGGCAUCCACCUAGCUACAUAGUAAUUCAUAGAAGGAAGAGGAAGAGAGAUGAAGGCUGACUUACUUUCUCCUUUGGCCCAGUCCACAGGACACUGCUGCCUUCCUGCGAAGAUGGACUGUGUCCCCCUGAACUGUGAACCAAAGUAAACCCUCCCUCCCACUCUCCUUUUUUUCUCCCUUCCCCUUUCUCCUUCCCCUUCUUUCUUCCUCCCUAUUGUCAGGUAUUUGUCACAACAGCAGGAGAAGCAGCUCCUACAAUGACAGAGUUUGCUCUCCAAGAUGAGAUAGCAGGAUCGAUCCUAUAGGUCAACAGCUGGAUACGUGGCCCAUCAUUAACCAAAACUUUGUCAUGUGG